GCGCCCAUGUCUUACGGCGAGACCGCCCGCCCAGGCUUCACCGACCUCUCGGUUCACAUCGCCACCCUCCCGGAGCGUCACCUCCCUUCCCGCGAGAACCCCAGCCGCAGGCUUGUCGUCGUUGGCGAUGUCCACGGCAUGCGCGUCUCCCUCGACAGGCUACUCGAGGAGCUGCACUUUGAUACGUCCCGCGGCGACCACCUCGUUUUCGCUGGCGACAUGAUCAACAAGGGCCCCGACUCCCGCGGCGUCCUCGACCUGGCCAUGCGCCUCGGCGCCUCCGCCGUGCGCGGAAACCACGAAGACCGCGUGCUGCUCGCACACCAGAACAUGAAGACCACCUACGAAGACAAGAAGUCAGAAGAACCCACCCCCAACAACGCCUCACCCUCACCCCCCGAAGACCAAGACGAGGACGCCGACUCCGAAGACGAAGAAGCAUCCCUCGAAGAAACCGAACAAGACGACCUCGAACCGUCAAUCUUCCCCCACGGCGACUCCAAAGAACGCGCCACCGCCCGCUCCCUCACACGCAAACAACUAAAAUGGCUCUCCCACCUCCCCGUAAUCCUCGACGUCGGCACCGUCGAAUCCAUCGGCGGCAACCUCGUCGUCGUCCACGCAGGCCUCGUCCCAGGCCUCUCCCUCAAACACCAAGACCCCUGGGCCGUCAUGAACAUGCGCGGCCUCGUCUACCCGCGCGAAGAGCUCCGCCGCCAAGAAGCCCACCGCGCCCUCGAAGACUACCGCAGGACCCACACCGCAAGCCCCGGCGUCACGGAGACCAUGAUCCAGCGCGAGCACGAGCGCCGCAGAAAACCCCACGAUCGCAAAAUCGCCAUUCCCACCGACCGCCGCGACGGCUCGAGCAGCUGGCCCAAAGCAUGGAACGCGCACCAAAAGGCGCUCCCCGAAAAGGAACCCCGUACCGCGGUCGCCUACGGCCACGAUUCGAAGCGCGGGCUGCAGAUUGACAAGUUUACGUUUGGUCUCGACUCGGGCUGCGUCAACGGCGGGGAGCUGACCGCGCUUGUUAUCGAGGCUUCUGCCGACGGCGGCGUCACGCAUUCCGUCAAGAGCACCAAGUGCAACAAGGACGAGGGGCGGAAGGAGAAG